AGUCGGCUGCGCGUUGCCAAGCCUAUUACAUGAAAUUGUCAAUGCUGCCCUUUUGUAUCUCGUGUUUAAAUAUUUAAAUUUCUAAUACUAAUAAAAUAUUUAAAAAAAAAAAAAAAUAUAUAUAUAUAUAUAAAAGUUUUUUGUUUAAAUUUUAUACGCGAGUGUUUUGUAUACAUAAAAUAUAAAUAAGUAAAAUAUUGUUAAUAUAAAUUUAAAUUUAAAAUUGUUGACUGGCUGUGGUUAUAAGUGAAUAUAAAAGUGAACGUGGGCUUUUUAAAAAUAUAUAUUACAUUAGAUAGACGUACGAAUAAUUUAUUGAUUGGUAGAGUGUAUAACGGAAUAGAAAAAUAAUAAUUUAAAAUGGGAGGACGACACAGCAAGAGGUCUAUGGACGUGACAACGACACCGAAAAAAGAUGGAAUCCCCGCAGAGGGCGAUGCACCGGCUGUAGGUGAUGGUAAAUUGGAGAGGAUCGAGGAAGCUGAUGCUAAUACCACUAAACCUACCACCAAUGGUGUUGCUCCACAUACGGACACUCCUGAGGACAAAGACAAUGUCAACGAAAAGGAAUCUGCUACAGAAAAAGACAAAGAAAAGGAUGACGAUGAAAAUAAAGCAGCUGAUGAAUCUAAACCAGAAUCUCCAGCAGCCGAAUCACCAGCGGAAGCUGGACAAGUAACGACACCUACCGAAGGCACACCCGCGAGUCCUAAAGAAGUGACAUCUCCAGACACUAAAGAAGCCAAGAAGAAGGAUAAGACAAAGAAAAAAUGGUCAUUCAGAUCGAUAAGUUUCAGUAAGAAAGACAAAAGCAAACCAGUACGUGAAGAUACACCGAAAAAUGGUGAUGUUAGCAAAGAAGAACCACUUACUGAGGGCGGUGAGGAAGGCGAAAAUACAACCGAAGCAGCGAGUCCAGCAGAGGACAAAUCAGCAACCAGUCCAACAGACUCUUUGCCCGAGUCAAAGGACGAGGAGAAGGUUUCCCCCUCAGCUGUGACCGCAAGUCCAGCGGAUGACAACAAAGAAGCACCCUCAUCUCCCGCCCCAACUCCCGUCCCCGAGGCCAAGAAAGAGGACAUUGAAGUGCCAGUGGAGAAAGUCGAGAGCAUACCAGAAGUUGAAGCUCCAGUUGAAAAUAACGUCGCUGAGAAAACGGAAACUGUUGAAGAAGAAAACAAAAGUCCAGUACCACCAGUAGUUUCUGAACCACCAGCAUCACUUGGUCCUGCUAUUACUGAAGAUGUUACUUCAGUUACUAAAGCUGUCGAAGAGAUUGAUAUUAAUGAGAAAGCUGUUGCAGCAGCAGUAAAUGAAAACAUUGAAGCUGUCAACAAAAAUGAAAUAAUUGCCGAAAUGAAUCAUCAAAACAAUCUCAACGAAUAAACGUCAUCAUAAAAAUUGUGUAUUUUGGGGUCGAAGAAAAAAAAAACUAAAAUUUUUUUUUUCUCAUUAAAACCAAAAAAAAAUAAUAAUUAUAUUAUAGAUAUGUAUAUUUGGACCAUUCCUGCAAUUUAAAACCUGAAACAACUCAUUUUUUUUUACGAGCAGCAAUUCAUUAACAUCAACAACAAACAACAGCAACAACAACGUCAACAUAAUUAAUUAAUUUAAAAUAAAAAUAAAAAAAAACUAAGAAAAAAAAAAAAAAUUGUAAAUCAACAGUUGCCACGAGCGUUCGUCACAAUAAAAAAAAUCAACUCAUUCGUGCGCCUAAUUAAUGAUUAUUAAUUUGUAUUUUAAUUCUGACUGACGGCAGGAUGGCGGCGAGUUUUUUUUUUUUUUUUUUUUUUUUUUUUUACAAUUUGAUAAUAAAAAAAAAUUAAAUAAACGAAUGGUAGAUUUAACGCUCGAAAACAAUAGAUUAGUUAAUACGGCAACGCAUUAAUUAAUUAAUGAUUAAAUUAAUUAAUUAAUAAAUAAAUAAAAUAAUGAUAACAGUCCUGACAUUGGGCCGUGCCCAAUAAGGUUUUAAUAUUAAAAAUUAAUAAUUAAUAAUAUUAAUAAUAAUGAUAAUUAUUGAUUAAUAUCCUCUGCAAAUAAUGUAGAAAUUAAAACAAGUGUCAUUAAUUGUUAUUAAGAUAUAUUAUUAUAAAUACGCAUAACUAAUAUUUUAUUUUAUGUUUUUUUAAUUAACGAGCGAUUCGUUUAUUUUAUUUUAUUUUUUUUUAAAUGUAUUUAACUCGUUUAUUUUUAUUUUUAAAUUUAUAACAAAGGAAUUAAAUACUCAAGGUGCCGGUUUUAAAAUCUCCCCAUGCUAUUAAUUGUCUAGUGGUUAAAGUAAUGAUUAAUUAAUAAUUAAUUGAUAAUAAUUGAAACAUACUGUUUUAAUUUAAUUAUUUAUAAUUAUUAUGGUGGUGAUUAAUGAGUGAAUGGGGGAGAUUAGAAUGGUAUUGAUGCGGUUAUGGCUUGGAAAUUUAAAAAAAUGAGUUUUUUUUUUAUUUUAAUUGUAAUUUAAAUAUUUUUUAUUUUUUUAAUUAAUUAAAAUUACGAGUGAUUAAUAAAAAUGAUUAAACUUAUACGUGAUUAAUAUAAAUUAUUUUAAUUAAUUACGUGAGUUUAAUUAUUUUUAAUGUAAAAAUUAAUUUAAAAAAUUAUGGCCUUUAAUUAUAAUUAACAUCAAUAAUUUUAAUUAAUUAAAUUAAUUACAAGUUGAAUUAAUUAUUUAAGUCUUGAAAGUUAUUAAUUAAUUAUUGAGACUUGAUAAAUUAAUUAAUUAAAAUAAUUAAAGACAUUAAAAAGUAAAAUUUUAUGACUUAAUUAUAAUUAACAUCAAUAAUUUUAAUUAAUUAAAUUAAUGACUCGAAUUGAUUAUUGAGACUUGAAAAAUUAAUUUUAAAAAUUAUAAUUAAUAUUUAAAUUAAUUAAAAUAAAAAAAAAACUCAUUUAAUUGUACAAUUGAAUUAGUUAAAAUACCAUUUAUUUAAAUUGCACAUUUUUCACACGCGUCUUGCGCACAUUUUUAAAUCACACGAACAAACUAAUAGAACAAAAUAAUAACUAAUUAUAAUAAAAUAUUAAUUAUUAAAUUGUAAAACAAUACGAUAGUUAACUUUUAGCCGAGCACAUGUAAGUGAUAUGUAAUAAAAUAUUUAAAAAAAAAAAAAAAAAAAAAAAAAAAAAACAAUUGCAUAUGUAAAAAAAAAACUCGCUGGUUAUCUAUCGCCUAUUGUUCUUUUAUAAUGUCGCCUAAUUAAAGUAAAUAAAUAAAUAUUAAUAUUAAUAAUAAUAAUAAUAAUUAAUAAAUAUUAUAUAUUAAAUAUUAAAUGAAACCCGCCACUACCAAUUCCAAUUAUAAACUUAAAACGGUACCUUUUUAAACCUUUUUCAUACGAUAUUUAUACGUUUAUACCUUGAUAAUUAAAUAUAUGAUAAAAAAUUAAAAAAAAAAAAAACGAAAAUAAUUGAGAAUUAAUUAAAUAUUUAAGGCCGUUUUCAAUCAGUGCCUCCACUUUUUAAAAAAAUUAAUUACUUUCAAUUCUAAUGUAUUAAAAUUUUUAUAAUUAAUUUUUAAAAAAUUGCGAGUGAAUUCCGAGUCAUUGCGGAUUUUAUUUAAAUUCAAAUUAACUCUGAUUCGGCAGGAAAAAAAUCUACCCGCGUUUAUUUAAAAAAUUUUUUACAGUUUGGAAUUAAACAAAAUUUUGAAAAUAAAUUUUAAUGAAAUGAUGUCAAAAUUUUGUGACUAAAAUUUAUUUAAAAAAUUUUGUUUUACUCCUAAUUGAUAAUUAAUUUUUUAAAGAAAUUAUUGCUUCAAUUUUUAAAAAUAAAUUUCUAAAAUUUUUAUCCACUGACGUUAGGGUAAAAAAAUAUUUUAAAAAAAGUGGGGGUAAUGUUUGAGAAUGUCCUUAAAAGCCUAAAGACUUUUGUUAAGGCAGUAGAAUCUUAACAAUUUAUAAAAAUUAAAAUCUUAAUAUUUAUAAGUGUUAGAGGUAUAAAUUAAUUUUAAAAAUAAUAAAUUAUAAUACUAAUUAUUUUGACUGGCAUUUAAAUCAUUAAACUAAAAAUAUAAAAUAUUAAUAGUGAAAAAAACUAAUUAAAAUUGUAUAGUAAUCGUAUGAAAAUUUUCCGUAAAUAACGAUAAUUAACAACGAAAUUAAUUGAAGGAAUGAAUUAAAUUUUUUUAUUUAAAAUGUAAAAUCGUGAUCUCGCCGUCACAACUAAAUUUAAAAAUAAUCGAGGGCAAAAUUAUUUUAAAAUUUAAAACUGAAUUAAUUCCCGAUACAAAAAAAAAAAAUAAUUAUUUAGAUUUUUUUUUACUUUAAGAUUUAUUGUAAGGUCAUAUUAUAAUAUUAUUUACUUGUUUAAACCGUAAGUCGAAUUUAAAAAUUUAUUAUUAUAAUUGUAAUUGUAAUGGUAAUGAUAAUUAUAAUUAUAAAUUGAUUUAUUAAUUAAUUAAUUAAUUAUUAUUAAUAAUAUUUUUGUAAGUAAUUUUGUGUCGGGGAUAUUUCUUAAUAAAUGAAUGAUUAACGCAGUCUUCAGUAUGAUUCGAUGAGCAGUUAAUAGUAAUUAUUAUACAUUUAUCGAUAAUCUAUAAUAAACUGUGAAACAAU